AUGUUUGAGCCGUUUGGCGAUUUCCUUCAGGGAAAGCUACUCAGCGCCGGUAGUAUUCGCUUAAAUGAAUCGCGGGAAGAGACUACCGGUUGUGGUGUGGGCUCGUGUCGGCCCAAAUGGAUCCAGAGGUGGGCCACACCUAAUAUGUUUGUAUUCGUAUUCGGGUUGAUAGGCAUACUCCAGGGCGCCUCCUAUCGAUAUAUGGUGGCCUCUGUCACAACCCUUGAAAAACGGUAUGCCUUCGGGAGUCUGGUCUCCGGUUUCAUACUAAUCGGUGAUAAUAUAAGUGAACUCACAUUCCAACCCAUAUUUGGAUACCUGGCUCAUCGGGUGCAUCGGCCCCGACUAAUAGCCUGGUGCCAAAUAGUUGUGGGCAUUGGGUGCUAUUUGGCAGCUCUGCCCUAUUUUAUAUACGGCCCGGGAGUUCAUCUGUUAGGAUCAACUGUCAGUAAAAAUAAAACCAUUGACUUUUGCGACAUAAAUAAGUUUGGGGACAGGGAUUGUGGAAAGGAUAGCGGCUCCAGUAUGGCUAUGGUGUCCGUGUUUUGUCUGUUUAUGUCUAUGUUUUUGAAUGGUUUCGGUUCGUCGGCCUACUAUAGCAUUGGCCAGGGAAUGGCUACUGAAGGCUAUUGUAAGACGGAUUGUGGUAACAAUUUUGAGACAUAUGUCACACUCUUUGGUAUCAGUAAUUUGGUCGGAACUUUAGCCAAGGCUGCAAAUGCCAUCAUUUUGUUUCGAAUUGUGGAUAAAAUAGACAAAAGUUUUGCUCUGGGGGUCAGCGGUUCAUUUCACAGCAUAUUUGCAUUCAUACCGUACCCCCUGGUGUACGGACUGGUAGCGGACGCGUCGUGUAAACUAUGGGAGUCUAAGUGCGGCAAAAGGGGUAACUGUUGGGUGUAUGACACCGACAAGUUUAGGAUAUAUAUGCACGGACUCACUAUUAUCCUGUAUCUAUGCUCCACUAUGUUUGAUGUGUUCGUAAUUUUUAUGUAUAAGAGAAUCAAAAAUUUAUACGACGAUGAAGAUGAGGACAGGGCGGACAUGGAUGACAAGGUUGUAGAUAUUGAUUGUGAAUAAUAGUAUUUUUAUUGAUAGUUUUAACAGUUUCAUUUGAAUUUUCAAACAUUAUAUUGACAUAAAUAUAGUAUAAAG